GGUAAAUGUGACGAACAGAACCGGGAUAAUAGAUGCAAUAUUCUUACUCAGUUAACGCAAAAUAAGAUAAAUCCUAAUAAUGUCAAACUGUUAACUGAUGAUAAUGCGGGGCUCGAUUUCCUGACAUUAUGCGCAGUAAAGAAGUCAGAGGAAGAAAUGUCUUCUGAAGCUGUGCCGGAAAUGGAUACGACUUACAUUCCUGCGCCAAAACCAAUUAAAGAUUUGUUCAAUUUUGUAGUGCCUAAUAUAGAAAUUCUUAAUAGUUUAGCUUUCUUAACGGAAGAUAAUUUAACGCAAUGUAAAGACAAUGAAGAUGAGAAUAUUUAUGACGCUAAUGAUUGUAUUAAUGUUGAUGAUGAUAACGUUUGGUGCACUAUACGAAAUGAGAAGAGUGUUGAUAACGGUGAAAUAAGAUUCGAAGAUAUACUUGAUGAGAGUUCCGACUCGAAUGAAGCAGCAGUUUCGUAUCUAAACCAUCUAAUUACAGAUAUGGAGAUAAAUUCGAUUAACACGAAUAAAGCUUCUACAUCUGAAAUGAAAGAAAAUAAUGAAAUUAUAACUGGCACGAACACCGAAUUGUCAACUAAUGCACUAGAAGACCUGGAACCUUCCAUAUUUGAAAACAUAUUAAAUGAAUCAUUUAGUUCAGUCGAAGACGAUUUAGAAGAUAAGGAUGAUACAGCAAUGGGAAAUACAGAAUCUCCAAAUUCUUCAAACGUUUCUAUUCAUGCAAGAGAAACCAAUGUCACGCAUGAGACUAACGUUGAUACUUUUCAUAACGAAGAUAAUGUUGCUAAAACUAAUCAAAAUCUAUCAUCAUCUAUGAAACUCGUUGAACCUUAUCAAAUGAAAAAAAUUGUAAGUUUUAUAGAUGAAAUACAAGAUGUUGAUUUUAAUAGCGAUGAUGAUAUAAGUGAAUUUGUUAAGUAUGACUCAAAUAAAAAUAGAUCAAUGCGUAAUUCCAAAACAGAAGAGAGUCUGUUGUCCAUAACUCAAGCUAUUGGCGAAAUAGCACGAGGGAAAAAACAUUUGGAAACAUCAAGGACAGUAAGUAAAGAAGAAUCGACUAACGAAGAAAGUAGUGGCUGGAUUUCAGUCAAUACUAAAAAUGAAAUUAAAGUUGGGAAAAGCGACACGAGUUCGAGAACAGACAAC